AAUAAUAGCCUUUUAAACUCGAGAAAAAACAACGCUACAUUGGAAAGCACCCACAAUGCUUCUUCUAGACUACCAGAACGUCCUGAUUCAAUCUGUUCUGACUGAGCGAUUUUCGGGUGCCUCUCCCGUCAAUAUCGACCAGACUGUGUCGGAUUUCGAUGGGGUAACCUUCCAUAUCUCGACUCCAGAAUCCAAAACCAAGAUCCUCGUUUCGAUCCAAGUCAAAUGCUUCAAUGAGUUGGUGAAAUAUGGUGCGCAGGAGGUACUGGAACGAGAAUACGGCCCAUAUGUCGUUGCCCCGGAAAAUGGCUACAAUUUCUCGGUGCAGGUGGACUUGGACAGUCUCCCUGAUGACAGAGAAGCACGAGACGACCUGAUCCGGAGGGUUUCCCUAUUGAAGCGAAAUGCAAUGGCUGCGCCCUUCGAGCACGCAUUCGACGAACAUCACAAACUGCAGGAGGAAGCUUCUAAAUUUACUUCAGAAGAAGCACCACAAGGUGUUCGAGAAGGGGGCCAAGUAAUGGCUAUUCAUUAUCGUGAUGAAGAGGCAAUCUACAUCAAGGCAAGCCACGACAGAGUCACUGUGAUUUUCAGUACAAUUUUUCGGGAAGAAACAGAUCGAGUGUUUGGCAAGGUCUUUAUUCAAGAAUUCGUUGACGCAAGGCGGAGAGCCAUCCAAAAUGCCCCGCAAGUCUUGUUCAGAACAGACCCUCCUUUGGAGCUACAAGGGGUCCCUGGCGUUAAGGACUCUGGAAAUGGCGAGAUUGGCUAUGUAACCUUUGUCCUCUUCCCAAGGCAUCUGACUCGACAGCGACGAGAUGAGGUUAUCUCCCACAUCCAGACAUUCCGCGACUACUUUCACUACCACAUUAAAGCCUCUAAGGCGUACAUCCAUUCAAGAAUGCGCAGACGCACCGCGGAUUUCCUACAAGUGUUACGGAGAGCCCGCCCGGAAAACGAAGAAAAGGAAAGAAAGACAGCCAGCGGACGUACGUUCAAGGUGCAGGGGAGCUGAAGGAAUUGUCAAUGACAAUUGUGGCCCAAAAAUUCAAAAUUGUCAUGAUCAUGAGCACCUGCUGCACUAAGUGCACAAAACUUGACCUAAGCAUGAUCUACCCCCUUUCGAGCUCUUCAAUUCCAUUCUGCUUCUUCUCUUCCCUACUUCAUUUCCAUUUUUCUACCCGAUAGCACUUUCUCUUCCUAGUUGAUGUGAUGAUUGCUUGUGUAACAUGAAGCCGAGUCUUGCUGUCUGUAGUGCGAAGUUGACCUUGAAGCUUGCCAAAAUAAUGAGGUCUAAAAUGAACUGGAGAUAUCAAGACCAGGAACUAAUCUGCCUGCCAGUCGACUAGACCCAAAUUGCUUUUCUUGCAGCUAAGAGGCAUAAAUCUUCCACCCAACUGUAACUUAUUGCAAGGCAUUAUCAAAUCAAAAAAGUGGAG